UUUGUGCCAGUACGUGAUAUUCGUUUCCAACCACCUUGACAAGUGGUGCAAUUUCUUUGUAAAUACUGUAGGAAAUAUGGCAGAGGCAAAUAUUCCGCAAGAAGACUUGGCAGAUGUUAACAAAAAUGAACAACACCGAAAUACUGUCGCAGAAAAUCAAACUGAUAUUACAACGGAAUGUAACGUUGAAAAGGACAAUACUGAUCACGGUCAAAGAAAUCAUAACAAUGCCAAAGAAAAUUCAACUGAAAACCAAAGUAUUGGUGAUGUUCCAGCAGAAAAACCCAUUGUUUAUCGCAAUUAUGGUACUGUCGUAAUGAGACCUCUUGCAUUAAGAAAACAGUACUGGUCUACAAAAGACAUUAAAGAACGUUUUCAACAAACUGCAAAGGGCAGUGAUGUUGUACACAAAAAUAUAGGCUUAAGUCAUAGCAAAAAUUAUACUAUUGGAGAAAAUUUGUUUAAAAGGCAAGAUAUCCAUGCUGCUCCAACCAGAAGUCCAGGAAUAAAUACCAAUCUUGAUGUACAUGUAGAGCCAAGAAAGAAUUACAGUACAAGAAGUGAUAUUGCAGAUGACAGUAUCAGACAAGGAAUAGGUAACCAUUAUAGUGUAACAGAAAAUUCAGAUAUAAACCAAGGAAUCGAUGAUACUGUGUUAGGCAAUUCAUCUGUUGAUCACAAUAAAGAUAUUGUUACAAAACUUGAUCAUUGUCAAACUGUUGAGGAAUCUACAGAAAUAGACCAAAGAAGUUAUAAUGCUGAAGGAGAAUAUACAAAUGAAAACAAAAGUAUCAGUGAAAUUCAAGCAGAAAAUGUCCAUGUCAACCACAAAAAUGAUGAAGCAGACAGUUAUGGCACAGAGGAUAAUAUUGGACCAUGCCCAGACCUCUAUAUCUCCGCUGAAGAAAAUCUAAACGAAAACGAAGGAGUAAGUGACGAUCCUGCAAAAAAUGCAAAUUCUAAUGACAAUGACGAAGGUGUGAGAGACAAUGAUGAAGUUGUAAGAGAAAAUCAAGGGGAUAAUCAUAACAAUAAUGAAGCAGAGGAAAGCAGAAAUGACAAUGAACAUAAUCAUAAUGUAGCAGCAGAAAAUCAAAAUGGAGAUGAGAUUAAUGAAGAUGCUCUAAGUGGACCAAGUUCUCAGGUUGAUCCACAAAAUGAAGAAACUGAUAAAGGCAAAAAGACAGAUGAUACGACUGAAAACAAAACUGAAAAAGAAGCUUGGACUCAAGAAGAUAUCCAGGCAUUGUUGAGAAAGGCCAUAAAUUUACAUGCUUCUAUGAAAGAUUUAAGAACUGUUAUUGGGUGCGGCGGUGAUGUUAACAAACCUAUAAAAAGUGGUUUAUACCCGUUACAUUAUGCCGCAUAUACAGAUUAUCCUGAAUGUAUAGAGCUUCUGCUGAACUCUGGAGCAAAUGUAAAUGUUACAGAUGACAUAGGAUACACACCUUUACAUCUUGCUGCCCGAAGAGGUAACCACAGAUCUAUGGAGGUACUGAUAGAGAAUGGAGCUAUAAUAAACUACUGUGAUCCCGGAGUAGUGAUACACCAAACAGAUGAGAAAAACAAACUUGGUUACACCACAAUGGAACCUAUCAACUUGGCUGUACAAAACUGUCAUCCCAAGUGUGCUAGACUCUUGUUAGAGAAGGGUGCAAGGCCAAACAACAAGUAUUUCAUGGGUUAUGAAAUAUGCCUUGCACCACUUGACAAUCCCGAAUGUAUGGAACUGUUGCUGGAGUUUGGUGCUGAUCCGAAUGUUUUCAAUAGAUGUGGAUUGUCUCCCCUGAUGAAGGCAUGCAAAGAUCAUCAUAUUGAAGCUGUAAGGAAACUGAUAAAAUAUGGCGCUGAUGUGAAUGCUGUGUGUCCGCCAUUAUUUGAACAGAAGUCUGUUCUUCAGUUUGCAAUAACCAGUGGGAAUAUUGUUAUAAUUAAUAUUCUGCUUGGUAAAGGUGCAAAAAUUGCCCGACAAGGUGAAUACAAGUACAGUGCUCUUCAUACAGCUGUCAUGAAAGGUCGGGCAGACAUAUGCCGUCUGAUGUUACAACAUGGAGCAGACCCAAAUGAAAGAACUGAUGAGGGUGCGACUCCUAUCAUGUUUGCGUGUUCUACCCCGGAACUCAAGGAACGUAGAGAAAUUGUACAACUUCUUCUUGACUGUGGAGCAGACAUCAAUGCUCAUUCUCCAGGAUACAGCUAUUUCGAUCCAUAUUUGGCUCCUUUAACCGAGUAUUUCAAAUGCAUCGCAAACACAGAGGGUUUCAGUAUUGUAAAACUAAUGAUAAGAAAUGGAGCAAUAAUUCAUUUCAGCUCAUGUGGAUUAGACAUGGAGUUAAAACGUUUGCGAGAUCCUUUUUCGAUUGUACCCUAUGUUCAGUGUUUGCAAAACAAUCAAGAAAUGUUUGAUUUUGUUGUGUCUGCUGCUACUAAAUAUAACCCACUUAUAAUCUAUACAAAUGGAAAUAUUCCAGAAGGCAUGAAGGACUGGCUGAUUUACACAGCAACCCGUCCUCGAGAACUGAAGCAUCUGGUGCGAGUCUCUCUGCGAAGUCAGCUUACACCUAGACUCCCAGAUAAAGUACAGGAGCUGCCACUACCUCCACUUCUCAAAUCUUACCUACUUUACAGAUAAAUGGAAAUGUUUACUGUAUAUGACAGUAAUUUCAACAUCUUACUUACUUUAUAAAUGAAUGGAGGUGUUCACCGUAUGUGAUACAUGUAGUAAUUUCAGUGCUUUCAAAGAUUUAUAUAAUAAGAAUUCUGUAGUGAAAAUUUGCAUUUGAAGGACAAUAAAGCAAAAUAAUAUAUAUUAAUAAAUAAGUGAUUUGAUAUUGGCCCCGUUAUUUGACUGAGGGCAGUUGUAUUGGCCUGAGGCUGAAGGCUGAGGGCUAAUACGACUGUCCCCGAGGACAAAUAACAGGGCCAAUAUCAAAUCACUUAUUUACCGUAUUGACAAUUUUAUUAAAUAUCUACAUGUACUUAAAGGAUUCAAAAUUUAAACACUCAAUUUAUUACUUGUAACAAAGCUGCCAACCUAUAUCAUUUUUUGGCCCUGUCUAAUUAGCCAAUCAAAUUCCUUAAAAUGCGGGCUUUAUAUCUACAUGUAUAUCACUUUUCGGCCCGGGGUUGCUGACUGAUACAGAUAUCGGCACUGUUAUACUGAGGAGGCCUUUGUAUUAUUGGGAGAGGCAAAUGCUGUGUGCUGUGUUUAAGGGCUAAUAAGGAAUAGUUAUUUAAUAAUAUGUAUAAAAGUAUUACAAAAAUGUACCACUAUGCAAUCCCUGAGGAAAUGUACUCAGAACAAUAUUAAAUUUUGUCACAUCAUCAAAACUGUAACAGAUUAGAGCUGAGUAAAUAACCUGAGUAAAUGUGCAUAUCCAUGCUCACAGAAAUGCAUCUCUAGCAUAGGAAUCUUUCUACAAUUAUCUUUUUUGUUUAGAAAUUUAGUUUCUUUCAUUUCUUGAGGACAAAACCAUUCACCGGUCUCAUUUAACACAAUAUCAGCAUUCCCUCAUACUGUGAUAUUUGUGCAAAACCUUAUUCAUAUACAUGUAUGUUAUAUACAGUAAAACUUAGACAAAGUUAACUUGGUGGGACCUGUAAAACAAACUUCUCUAUUAACAGUCCAAAAUGCAUGUUUCUUUUGAUGGAACUAUACACAGCUACUGUAAAGUCAAACUUCGUUCGCUGCAACUCUGAUUAUUUGUGCACCGUACCUUGUUCAAACUCAUCGUCAGGUCCUGGCAAAGUCCCUGUCUAAUGUAUAUUGUUUGAUGACUACUGAUAACUUGAAUAAAUUUUGCCAAUACUGUCAUGUUUGAGCGAACAAAGUUUGACUGUAUAUUUCAAUUCCUAUGAUAAAUAUUGUCCCCAACAGUCACAAUGUUCAAUUGUCCAUUCUUGUUUACAAACAUCAUAAUAUUAUUAUCAAAUGAAUUACAUGCUUUUAGCCACACACUGUCAAUGGAAAGCAUGCAUUCUGGAACAAUUUCACAAUGUUGGCUGUUAAAACAACUGCUUCCAGCAGAUGAUUUCCUCCUUUUAGUGAAUAAUAACUUAACCUUUACCCUGCUAUAUUUCUAAAAUAGACUGGUCCAUCAUUCAAUUUGGGCAAUACCACUUAUUAUCCAAAGAGGUGUUCAAUGAAAAUUUACUGACUGAAUAGCGAACAGUGCAGACCAUGAUCACGUCAGUACAGUCUGAUUAUGUUCUGCACUGGUAGCAAAAGGCAAAAUCACGUCUGCCCAGCAGGCUCAAGGGGAAAAGGUAUGCAACAUAUUAUCUAUUAAAACAAUGUGCAUGAGAGAGAAAACAAAAAAUGUAAAUAUAGGACGUGAAAUGUGACUUGAGUUCUUUCGAUGGCAUUCAAACUCCAACAUUAAAAAAAAGCAUAAUUUAUUUCAUCAUAAAUAUUUCACUUUGUUGUAUUUAUUUCACCAUUAUUUAAAAGUAAACACAAAGAUAUACCCAUUUAAAAUGAUUUUAUUCUGUAUCAGAUAUGUUAUGUUUAUGCUACUUGUCCUGGUAUUCAAGUUCACUAAGUCUGAGUUUAUCUAUAGUGCUAUUGUACAUGUAUUAUUGUAAAACAUUGGUAUGCUGUGUCAUUCCAUUUAAAUAUCAUGCAUUGUAAGCAUUUACUGGAUUGUGAAACUGAAAUAAAACAGAUUUCUAUCA